AUGAAUUUCUCCAAGGAGGAAGAAGCGGUGCUCAAGUUCUGGGAGGAGAUUGAUGCCUUCCAGACGUCACUCAAGCUCAAUGCUGACAAGCCCCAUUUCACCUUCUACGAUGGGCCUCCGUUUGCCACUGGCACUCCGCACUAUGGCCACAUUUUGGCGUCGACCAUCAAGGACAUUGUGCCACGAUAUGCCCAUAUGACUGGGCAUCAUGUGGAGCGACGGUUUGGCUGGGACACGCAUGGGCUUCCUGUGGAACACGAGAUUGACAAGAAGCUGGAUAUCAAGGGCAAGGAAGACGUGAUGAAGUUUGGUCUGGCCAACUACAACGAGGAGUGUCGAGCCAUUGUGAUGCGAUAUGCUGGGGAGUGGCGCAAGACGAUUGGUCGGCUGGGUCGAUGGAUCGACUUUGACAACGACUACAAGACGCUGCAGACGUCGUUCAUGGAGUCGGUUUGGUGGGUGUUUCAGGAGCUGUACAAGAAGGACGCUGUCUACCGGGGCCAUCGAGUCAUGCCCUACUCCACCGCUCUGUGCACGCCCAUUGCCAACUUUGAGGCUGCUCAGAACUACAAGGAGGUGCUGGAUCCCGCGGUGGUCGUCGCCUUCCCUCUGGUGGAUGAGCCCGAGGUCAAGUUGCUGGCCUGGACCACCACUCCCUGGACUCUUCCUUCGAACCUGGCUCUUGCCGUGAACCCCAACUUUGACUACAUCAAGAUCAAGGACGGCAAGACCGGCGACGUGUACAUUUUGCUGGAGUCGUUGCUGUCCACUCUGUACAAGAACCCCAAGAAGGCCGACUUUUCCGUGUUGGAAAAGGGCAUUAAGGGCUCUUCUCUCAAGGGCAAGCGAUACCAGCCUCUGUUCCCCUACUUUGCCGCGGACUUUGAAGACUCGGAGGACGCCCGAAAGCUCAAGUUGACCCCGGGCUUCCAGGUCAUUUGUGCCGAUUACGUCACCGACUCCUCCGGUACCGGAAUCGUCCACCAGUCUCCCGCGUUCGGAGAGGACGAUUAUCUGGCCGCUACCGACGCAGGCAUCAUUUCCGACAAGCGGUACCCCCCCAAUCCCGUCGACGACGCCGGCAAAUUCACCCCCGCGGUCUCCGACUGGGAGGGAGUCUAUGUCAAGGACGCCGACCGGUCCAUCAUCAAGAAAAUCAAGGAGAUGGGCCGACUGGUGGUCGACGGCCAGGUGCGUCAUUCGUACCCCUUCUGCUGGCGAUCGGACACUCCUCUGCUCUACCGAACCGUGCCUUCGUGGUUCGUGCGAAUCAAGGAGAUGAUCCCUCAGAUGCUGGAAAACAUCGACAAGACCAACUGGGUGCCCUCCAACAUCAAGGAUGGCCGAUUUGGCAACUGGAUCAAAAACGCCCGAGACUGGAACAUUUCCCGAAACCGAUACUGGGGUACCCCCAUCCCCCUGUGGGUCUCCGACGAUUACGAGGAGGUGGUUUGCGUGGGAUCCGUGGCCGAGCUCGAGGAGCUGUCUGGAGUCAAGAACAUCGACGACAUCCACCGGCACCACAUUGACGACAUCACCAUCCCCUCCAAGAUGGGCAAGGGCGUGCUUCGACGAGUGGAGGAGGUCUUUGACUGCUGGUUCGAGUCCGGCUCCAUGCCCUACGCCUCCAGACACUACCCCUUUGACCCCGAGUCCAAGGAGGUGAUGGAGAAGGGCUUCCCCGCCGACUUCAUUUCCGAGGGAAUCGACCAGACCCGAGGCUGGUUCUACACUCUCACGGUGCUCGGAAACUACUUGUUUGGCGUGUCGCCGUUCAAGAACGUGAUUGUCUCCGGCCUGGUUCUUGCUGCCGACGGCAAAAAGAUGUCAAAGCGACUCAAAAACUACCCUGACCCUACCGAGGUGCUCGACAAGUUUGGAGCCGACGCUCUGCGGCUGUAUCUCAUCAACUCGCCGGUUCUGCGAGCCGACACCCUCAAGUUCCAGGAGGAGGGCGUUCGAGAGGUGGUGUCCAAGGUUCUGCUGCCGUGGUGGAACUCGUACAAGUUCUGGGAGGGCCAGGUGUCUCUGGUCAAUAAGCUGUACGGUACCGAGUUCAAGUACAACCCUGCGCUCAAAUCCGACAAUGUCAUGGACCGGUGGAUUCUUGCGUCUCUGCAGUCGCUGGUGGGCCACAUUCACGCCAUGAUGAAGGAGUACAAGCUGUACGCCGUGGUUCCUCGACUGCUCCACCUCAUUGACGAUCUCACCAACUGGUACAUUCGUCUGAACCGAUCCCGUCUCAAGGGAGACAACGGAGAGGAGGACGCCGUCAAGGCUCUCAACACUCUGUUUGAGGCCGAGUACACCCUGGUUCGAGCCAUGGCUCCCUUCACCCCCUUCCUGUCUGAGACCAUCUACCAGAAGAUCAAGCCUUACAUUGAGUUUGAUUCUUCCGUGGCGGAUUCUCGAUCGGUCCACUUCCUGCCCUACCCCCAGGUUCGAGAGGAGCUGUUUGACGAGGACAUUGAGCUUGCUGUGAAGCGGGUCCAGUCCAUCAUUGAACAGGGCCGAGUCAUUCGAGACAAGAAGAACGUGCCUCUCAAGACCCCUCUCAAGUCGCUGGUCAUCAUCCACACUGACCCUGCCUACCUCAAACACGUGCGAGACCUCGAAAAGUACAUUGUCGAGGAGCUCAACGUGCGACAGGUGGUCAUCACCGACGACGAGGCUGCCCACAAGGUGGUGUACAAGGCCCAGGCUGACUGGCCCGUUCUCGGCAAGAAGCUCAAGAAGGACAUUGCCCGAGUUAAGAAGGGUCUUCCCCAGCUGUCUUCCGAGGAGGUUUUCAACUACCUCAAGACCAACAAGUGCACUGUCGACGGCAUUGAGCUGGUGGAGGGCGAUCUGACCAUUUCGCGAACCAUUGACGACUGUGGUGCCGGGUUCGAGGUCUCCUCCGACCAGGACGUGCUCUGUCUGCUCGACACCAACGUCUACGACGAGUACAAGGGCGAGGCCACUGUUCGAGAGGUGCUCAACCGAGUCCAGAAACUGCGAAAGACCCUGGGACUCGAGGUCACCGACGAUGUCCACAUUGAGUACACUGUUGUGAAGGACUCUGCUGAUCUCAAUCUGGAAAAGGCCAUUGAGAACAACUCGGAUCUGCUCACCAAGACUCUUCGACGACCUCUCCGAAAGGAGGGCGAGCACGAGGCCCACAAGGGCGAGUACAUUGGCGAGGAGAAGCAGGAGAUUAAGGACGCCGAGCUGCUGCUCAAGCUAUUCAAGCUCAAGAUCUAG